AUGGCUUUGUCACAAAUAGAACGGCUGGUUAACUGGCUUAGGGAAAUUGCUGUUCGGAGGAGUUUAGUGGAACAUGCAACUAAGAAAGAAUUCUUGCAAAUGAUGGGUACAACAAAACUACAUGGCUGUUAUAGACUUUAUGCUGGAAAAACUUACGGUCGUCUGUUUUGGCUACUUGUAGCCAUUUCAACAGGUGUAGUUUUUGUUAUCAUUUUGGCAGAAUUAACGAAGCAAUAUAAGGCGGAGAAUGUCAGGACACAGGUGGAAAUAGUAUAUGAUUACGCGGAUGGUCCAUCAUUAACGAUAUGCAGUCAUAAUCCUGUACGACGUAAUUACAUUGAAGAGCUGAAGAGAACUACAACUUUUUCCGAUGAACUGUUAAUGUAUCUAUUACACAUCUUUUUGCGCCCAGAAGACUUUGUUGAAAUGGAUGUUGUGGAUGGUCUUCUUGAUGGAGAAAGAUUGCUGCAAGAUUAUAUGUUCACAAAUAAGAAUUUUACAGUGGACUCCUUCGUUAAGGAAGCCAGUUUCAAAUGUGAAGAAGCUUUUGUGCAGUGUGCUUUCGAAGGUAUCAUAUUCGACUGCUGUAAUGAAAGGUACUCAACUGCUGUGCUCACUGAUCUCGGGUAUUGUUUUCAAUUUGAUUGGAACAAAUUAAGCAAGGAUUUCAGUCUUUCCUACCACUUUGGAUCCGUUCAUGGAUUUCAAGUGAUGCUUGAUUACCAGUCAUACAAUGAAAUUUACUCUGUGAAUUAUACAGGUAGUCGAAUAAAACAACCGUUUCUGAACAACUUCGAACCUGGUUUUCGUAUUUAUGUUCAUGAUAAGGAUACUAUUUCAUACGUUAGUUCUGAGGUCCUUGUCGUCUCACCAAACAAUAAGCUGUCUGCAGGACUGAAGCCUAUUAAGUACCAAUUUCUGGAGCGUUCUAAAGGCGGCACUUGUUAUAAUACUUGGCCGUUAUCUUUGCGGCACAAUUCUACAUAUUCUUCGUCAGCUUGUAAAAUGGCGUGCAUAGCAAGAUAUUUCAUUGUGAAUUGUGGUUGUAUUCCUCUCCAAUAUAAUAUUUUGAUGGAAGGUAGGCUUUGCUCUCCAAAAGAGAUCUUCGAUUGUAUUAGCGACGUUACAGAAAUUGCGAGUAUUGUUCAUAAUGUUACUUACUCUUCUUUAUGUCAAGAUUGUGCACCGGAAUGUGAACUUUUCAUUUAUUUUACACAGAAUUCUAUUAUCCACAACAUUCUUACCUCAUUGGGUAAAUAUAUGGAAGGCCUGAAGCAGCAGUACAAGCUUAGCUAUGUCAGGAAUAAUCUGGCAACCGUACAUGUGUUUUUUGCUUCAAAAAGGUAUAAGAUAUAUUCGCAGUCAACACUUUCCGAUUUAUCAAGUUAUUUAAGUAAAAUCGGUAGCGAUAUGGGUCUGUUUUAUGGUGCCAGUGUUAUUUCACUGUUUGAACUGAUUUUAGUGCUGUUCAAAACAAUUUGGGCAUUUCUUUCUCCAUCACGUGCUAUUUAUCUGAAAGAGAAAGCCAAACGAGAGAUGGAAAGAAAAUUGUGCAUUGAGGAAAUCAUAAAUGAAUAUUCUAUACCAAACCAAAUGGUUGGACAUGUCCCACAAAGAGUUGAAAUACCUACUAUUGAAUCAGUUGAAGUUGAAAAUGUUCAUAUUUCACAUGUAAAAGAGAGCUUGAUUGGAAAUGUGCAGUUGUGGCUGAAAAGAAAGUUGUAUUCGUCCACACUUUCGGUUCAACAUCCACAACGAAAACUGGAUCAAGUGAUGUCACUAACAUUAACACCAGAGCAAGCUAGUGCAAUUUUGGAAGUGGAAACAUUUGUUGAUUCAAUAUAUGUCCCUCUAAGAAGGGACAAACUGUUAUCGACAAUCGGAAGUGACAAUAGCAAACGAUGUAUUUCUGUAGUUUGA